AAUCAGAAGAGCCCGCAAACGGCGGACAAGUCCGCCACUUGGGAGAGACCGAAGGUCCUUGACUUUGGCGAAGGCAAGACAGGAGAAUAUGUAGGGUUUAGGAGCAGUCGAAGAUAAGGAAGAACCAGCCAAGCUCAGCUCUCGUCCUUCCUUCCUGGAGAGCGUUGGGACGGAGCAGAGCAAUUAGGGUUUAUAUAUAUUCACACGGUACACUGUGCAGGUUCUUUACAGUGUUCUCCGGGGGAGAGCGCUACAGAAGAUUAAAAUUUUAUACGCUGGACUUAAAGCUGAAAUCACGAAGAAGAAGCGGGGAUUUGGAAUUGUGAGGCAUAGUGCGUGCCGUCCCUGCGGAUGUAUCAGGCAUUCGAGUGGUAGAUUUGAAUCUGAACACUGAAAUCUGGUGUACCGCGUGGAGAAUUCGGCCCAGCGUAUGACAUUGCAGUAAUGGUCUGUUUAAUAUAGCUCCUUCUUUAAGGAGCGCAAGAGUACAGCCAUCAUGGCACAAAUUACAUCUCCCCUUGAAAGUGCAGCUCAAAAUGUUACUACCUCGUCCACCAAGGAGCGAGUGGCGAUAUUUGAAGGCAGCAUUCCGUCUGCCCUCAAUACUCCAGGGUGCAAUAUCGCUGAGCUUGUACCAGAGAUUGUUCACAUUAUUUUCCGAACUUUGCCGGUAUAUGAGGAUCGAAAGUCACAGCUAGCUGUCGAGCAUGCCAUAUCUCGAGCUUUGAAGGAAGGAGCUUUUGUGAAAGCGUUUACUGGUGCACUUGUGCAAACAGCAGAGAGAUCGUUCAAAAACUCUGCUCAUUCAGUGUUAUACAAGCUCCUCAGAUGGUCUUGCCUUCUUAUCAGACAGAAUCCCUCUCUUCUUUCCGCGAAAACGGCAUUCGCCAGACUUGCCGCCGUGCAGUCUUCAUUGCUCAGUGUCUUACUCAGUGCUUCUUUCCCUGUACAACGGGCGAGUAGGCAUGUCGUCUUUCAGCUUAUUUCUGAAGUGGUCGACAUUUUUGAUUGCUAUGUGGCGGAGCUGCAGGGAUCAAUGCAAUCUUCCGAUAAUAGCAAUGGACUCAUACGCAUUCUGCUGGAGUUCAUGUCAAAGGCUUCCGAACGUCUCGAAAAACACCGAGCCUUCUUCGUGGAGUUAUACAUGCGACUCGUUCUGAACUCACGGGAAAAGCCUUCUAAGGCUUUGAGUGACGCCUUCCGGCCACUUUUGCAAAAGCUGAGUCACGAUGAGUUUGGGACAGCCGUGGUUCCCACUGCAGUGAAGAUGCUGAAACGUAACCCGGAACUCAUAAUGGAGUCAGUUAGCCUGCUUUUGAACGCCACAACUUUGGAUCUUAGCAAGUACGCAAACGAGUUUAUGCCAAUCAUUCUACCACAGGCCCGUCACAGUGAUGAAGGCAGGAGAAAAGAAGCAAUAGAAGCCGUCAGAGCCCUCGCUGAGCAAUCGAGUGACUUAGACACCAUUGCGGCGAUGUUUCAUUCAAUCAAAGCUGUACUGGGAGGAUCUGAAGGGAAGCUGACGUUCCCAUACCAGAGAGUUGGGUUGAUCAAUGCUGUCCAAGUUCUGUCUGUUGCAAAAACUGGUCAUGGUUUAGCUGCUCUCGCGGGAACAAUAAGUUCCUACUUGAUGUCACUUUACAAGGACGACGGCAAUGAAGAGGUCCGGGUUGCAGUCCUGGUGGCCCUGGGUGUGUGGCUUUCGAAGGCGGGAGAGGCCCUUCCAGCAGAGGCGGUAUCCUUUUUUCCUGCUGGUCUGAAGGAGAAGGAAGUUCUAAGAAGGGCACAUCUUCGUUGCCUUCGAGUUUCCUGCCACAAUGGUGCCGUACCUGUCCAGUUGCAAAAUCUGGUGGAUCCUCUCAUACAACUGGUUAAAAGCAGUGUUUCCAAACCUGCUCAACGUGUAGAAGGAAUCUAUGCUUGGUUACUGCUCUCGAGUAUGUCUGCUGUGGAUGUAAGAGCUGAUGACCGACUUGUAAAGGAGAAAUUCUGGCCAUUGGUUCUCCAAAAUAACUCAGUCCUGCUGGCGCCGUCAUUGGUAGCAAAGUUUUCCGCCGAAGACUGCGUUGCAUAUACAGAGCUGAUCGAAAGUGUUGUCCUUCAACAUCCUUCCAGGUUAACGGAGUAUGCAGAAGGUGCCGCCGAAAUUUUCCAGCUAAUUGUUUAUCUACUUUGGCAUCCACAACGGGGCGUGAGAGAAUCAGCUUCUGCAGUCGUUUCACGUAUCCACCGAGCAAGCAGUUCUUGGUCAGAAGCUCUAUUUAAAGCUUUUCUUACCUGGCUUCCAUCGUUGGAUGAUCGUCUCGCGGCACAAAAAGCCAGUGACGGAGCAGAGGGUACAGCGGAGAGCAACGUGUUGUAUGUACCAGCUGGAGAGUUUCUUAGUAAGGCAUUACUUGCAGUUUCUUCACCAACGUUUGGCUCUUCAGCAGAUCUUUGUGCUCAGAUUCUUCUCGUCUCACACAAUCCAUGCAUCGUGAGAGGGGCCCGCAAGAGCAUUACUUGGAAGGCUCUUCUGAAGAUGUUUGGGAAGCAGAAGAUCAAUAUCUGCAGUACUCUGGCAUCGGCACCUGAUGUCGUAUGUAAGGUGCUGAUGGGAUCGAAUGGUUUGAUGAGCAAGCGGCAAUCUGAAUCUCAAGCAGCUAUCUUUGCUCUUGCAACUGCCAUGCAAGCGUUUCCAAAUGAGUUUUUUCCUCAGUUUGUAUUGGAAACAGAAAGGCUUGGAGACAAGUCUGCCCAUGAUGCUCUUACGGAGAAGGAUAUCAUGAUUUUUCGCACUCCCGAAGGCAUGCUAUCAACAGAACAAGGCGUUUAUGUUGCUGAAAUGGUCAUGGACAAGAAUAUACGUGGCUCACGCGGACGGUUUAAAAUGUACGACGACCCAGAAGAUGAACCUCCAAUGAAAGAACCGUUGAAGCCUGUUGCUGCUGUCCGUCAAGUUGGAAUAAAGAAAGAUGUCAGUGCUGGAAGAAAAGAUGUAUCGAGAUCAACGAAGAAGCCUGGCGAAGUCGACAAAUCCAAGUCGGCCAAGGAAGAAGCACGAGAACUUCAGCUCAAAGAAGAAAUUGUAGUUAGAUCGAAAGUUCAGUCAAUACAGGAAAGCGUCUCAAUGGUACUGAAGGCACUUGGUAGUGCAGCAGCUGCGAACCCCUCAUACAGUCACGACCAGUUGCCGCAUCUGGUGGAGCGGACUCUUCCCCUCUUGGACUCCCGAAUAGUCCAGUUUGAAGCUUAUGAAACUAUAGAGAAAUUCACAAGUUGUGUGACACCUUCUUUGAGGCCUCUAGGAUCCGAUCUUGCUGCGGCGCUAAGAUUGAUUGCCACCUCGGCCCCAUCAGUUUUGAAGGAUCUCGAUGCUUCGAUUAAGCCGGAUAGGAAGAGCAAACCUGGUGUAGUAGAACGAGUGGUGGCUGGGCUCACAACUGCUUGCAAAGAUGGACCUUUGCCUGCCCCAUCAUUUGCUUUAGUUUUUCCUAUCGUGGAACAAACGUUGAUGUCGCCAACAAAAACAAGACUUCAUGACGAUCUCCUCCACGUUCUUUCUCUACACUGCUCCCCUAAUAUGCCACUACCUCGUCUGAAGAUGAUAUCUGUUCUAUAUCAUGUAUUGGGUUGCGUCCCAACAUAUCAACCCCGCAUUGUUACGAUGCUCAAUGAACUCUGUCGAGGACUGGAGGCGUCUGAUCUUGCGGAGGCUUUGUCUGGUCUCUACUCGGAACACAUCCUUGUGCGAGCUGUUUGCCUACGUGCCGUUCAACAUGUUCCAGCUCUUGCCAAGAGAAAGGCCGUCUACAGUGAAAGAACAACUACAGCCAUUUGGAUGGCUCUGCACGAUCCAGAAAAGUCGAUCGCAGAAGCAGCCGAAGAAGUUUGGGAUCUUUAUGGCCAUGAGUUACCAACUGAUUACGCUGCCGGACUCAUUCAAGCUCUAGUCCACGUCAAUUUCAAUGUGAGACAAGCAGCUUCUGAGGGUUUAGCUGCGGCGAUGGAUGAGUAUCCCAGUACUGUCCAGGAAACGCUUUCAUCUCUCUUCUCUUUGUAUAUCCGGGAUCUCCCGAUUGGUCACGGAGAAGUGGACCCUACAUGGCCAGGAAGACAGGGUGUAGCUUUGUCUUUGCUGGCCGCCGCAGAUGUGCUUACCGUGAGGGACCCUCCAGUCGUUGCUACCUUUCUUAUCUCCCGCGCUUUGGCAGACUCCAAUCCAGACGUGCGUUUCAGAAUGGUAGAGGCAGGGGUGGCAAUCAUAGAUAAGCAAGGGAAGGACAAUGUUGGCCUUCUUUUGCCAAUAUUUGAAAAUUAUCUGGACAAGAAGUCUGCCGAUGAAGAAAGAUAUGACUUGGUUCGAGAAGGAGUUGUGAUUUUCAUGGGAGCUCUUGCCAAACAUCUUUCGAAGGAUGAUCCUAAAAUUUCAACUAUACUGGAAAGGCUCCUGGAGGUGCUAAAUACGCCCUCAGAAUCCGUGCAGCGAGCUGUUUCCAAUUGUCUGCCCCCUCUAAUGGCUUCUCAGCAGGACAAUGCGCAGUCGCUGUUGACCAAGCUGUUGGAUCGACUUAUGAAGAGUGACAAAUAUGGUGAAAGACGAGGUGCUGCUUUUGGGUUGGCUGGAGUCGUGAAGGGUCUGGGGCUCUCGAGUCUUAAGAAAUAUGCCAUCAUGGAUGCCUUGAAGGCCGGCGUUGAAGAUAGGAACUCAGCGAAGGCACGUGAAGGAGCACUUUGUGGGUUCGAGUGUCUGUGCGAGAAGCUUGGACGUGUUUUCGAACCGUAUGUCAUACAGAUUUUGCCUGUGUUAUUGGUCUGCUUCUCAGAUCAAGUCGUUGCUGUCCGUGAGGCAGCAGAAGGUGCAGCCCGUGCCAUCAUGGCGCAGUUAAGUGGCCAGGGAGUCAAGCUUGUAUUACCAGCUCUUAUGAAGGGCCUGGAAGACAAGGCAUGGCGAACGAAGCAAGGAAGUGUACAGCUUCUUGGCGCCAUGGCAUUUUGUGCUCCACGGCAGUUAUCUCAGUGUCUUCCAACCAUUGUACCGAAGCUGAGUGAGGUAUUGACAGACACCCACCCCAAGGUGCAGUCAGCGGCACAGACUUCUUUACAACAGGUUGGCAGCGUCAUUCGAAAUCCUGAGAUUGCUGCUCUUGUACCUACUCUUCUGGUCGGUAUUGCUGAUCCAAAUGAGCAUACCAAAUCAUGCUUGGAACUUCUUCUCCAGACAACAUUUGUCAACUCAGUGGACGCCCCAUCUCUGGCACUGCUUGUCCCUAUCGUGCACCGUGGUCUGCGAGAAAGGAGUGCUGAGACCAAGAAGAAAGCAGCACAAAUCGUUGGCAACAUGAGUUCGUUAGUGACAGAACACAAGGAUAUGCUUCCUUAUCUUAGUUUGCUUCUACCUGAAGUGAAGAAGGUACUUGUCGAUCCUAUUCCUGAGGUCCGAACCGUUGCAGCUAGGGCCUUGGGUUCAUUGAUCAGAGGAAUGGGUGAAGAGAAUUUCAAAGACUUGGUUCCCUGGUUGCUGGAGACUCUCAAAUCAGAGAACAGCAGCGUUGAAAGAUCUGGAGCCGCUCAAGGACUCAGUGAGGUCCUCGCUGCCUUGGGUACAGAGUACUUUGAGUCGCUGUUGCCAGAUAUUAUUCAAAACUGCUCACAUCAACGUGCCGCAGUGCGCGAUGGUUAUCUUACACUUUUCAAGUACCUUCCGACUGCUCUAGGUCCCACUUUCCAACAAUAUCUUCAGCGGGUUCUGCCUGCUAUUCUUGACGGGCUUGCCGAUGAGAACGAGUCUGUACGCGACGCAGCAUUGAGUUCUGGACACGUGCUUGUAGAGCACUAUGCCACAACGUCACUACCCCUAUUAUUGCCCGCCGUCGAAGAGGGUAUAUUCAACGAUAAUUGGAGAAUUCGUCAGAGCUCAGUUGAGCUGCUGGGUGAUCUUCUUUUCAAGGUUGCUGGUACGUCUGGAAAGGUGGUGCUGGAGGGUGGAAGUGACGAUGAAGGUGCUAGUACCGAAGCGCAUGGUCGAGCUAUUGUUGAGAUAUUGGGUAAAGAGCGUCGUAAUGAGGUGCUGGCUGCUGUUUACAUGGUCCGAUCUGAUGUCAGUCUCACCGUCCGUCAGGCCGCUCUACACGUGUGGAAGACGAUCGUGGCGAACACACCGAAAACUUUGAAGGAGAUAAUGCCAGUGUUGAUGAGUACUCUAAUAUCUUCAUUGGCGUCAACAUCCUCUGAACGACGACAGGUUGCUGGUCGGUCGUUAGGUGAACUCGUUCGUAAGUUGGGUGACAGAGUCCUGCCCUCAAUUAUCCCAAUCUUGUCUCGUGGCCUCGAGGACCCCGUUGGAAGUACAAGACAGGGUGUCUGCAUAGGGUUAAGUGAAGUCUUGGCAAGCGCAGGGAAGCACCAGCUGCUGGCCUACAUGACAGACCUCAUCCCAACUAUACGAACCGCGCUGUGCGAUAGCGUGCCUGAAGUACGGGAGGCAGCAGGCCUGGCUUUCAGCACUCUAUUUAAGAGUGCUGGAAUGACUGCUGUUGAUGAGAUUGUACCAGCGCUUCUUCAUGCUCUAGAAGAUGAGAACACCUCUGCCACCGCUCUCGAUGGACUGAAACAGAUUCUUAGUGUCAGAACAGGAGUGGUGCUACCGCACAUACUUCCGAAGCUGGUUCAUCCACCUCUCACGGCAUUCAAUGCACAUGCUUUGGCAGCUCUAGCAGAGGUUGCCGGUUCUGGGCUUAAUACUCAUCUAUCCACAGUUUUACCUCCCCUUAUCUCGACUAUGGAUGAUCACGAGGCUAUUGCCCCGUUAGCAAAACGCGCGGCCGAAACCGUGGUCAUGGCUGUAGAUGUUGAAGGCCUUGAUGCCGUUAUUGGAGAGCUUGUGAAGGGUCUAGGAGAUUCUCAGGCCCCAGUCCGUAGAAGUUCAGCCUACUUGACCGGAUUCUUUUUCAAAAAUACGAAAUUGUCCUUGGAGGAUGAAGUGCCGAAUCUCUUGACUAUGCUUAUAGUCAUGCUUACUGAUAAUGAUGAAUCCACAGUGAAGGCUGCCUGGGAGGCUUUGGCAUGCGUGUCGGGAACUAUCCCAAAAGAAAGUCUUCCUUCUUACAUCAAGAUCGUGCGUGAUGCUGUCUCCACAGCGAGAGACAAAGAACGUCGUAAACGAAAGGGAGGUUCAUUGACUAUUCCUGGAUUUUGUCUCCCCAAAGCUUUGCAACCGGUGCUGCAAAUCUUUCUUCAAGGUUUAAUGAGUGGAUCUGCCGAAAUAAGGGAGCAGGCUGCAGAAGGUCUUGGAGAACUGAUCGAUGUCACCAGUGAAGCAGCUCUGAAGCCAUUUGUUGUUCCUAUUACUGGGCCUCUUAUCAGAAUUAUUGGAGAUAGGUUCCCAUGGCAAGUAAAGAGUGCAAUUUUAGCAACUCUUGGCAUUAUCAUCAGCAAAGGAGGCAUUGCUUUGAAACCUUUCUUGCCGCAGCUGCAAACUACAUUCAUAAAAUGUCUUCAAGACAACACGAGGGCUGUACGAGCACGAGCCGCAUGGGCAUUAGGAAAGCUCACUGGAUUGAGUGCCCGAGUUGAUCCUCUUGUUGGUGAUCUCCUCUCUGGUCUACAGGCAUCGGAAGGAGGAGUCAGGGAGGCCAUGCUAACUGCUCUGAAAGGUGUGAUGAAACAUGCUGGGAAGAGUAUAAGCCAGCCUGUACUGGAACGUGUUGUUGCAGCUUUACAAGAACUCCUACCUUCCGAUGAAGAUGAGGUUAGGGGGUUAGCAGCAAGGGCAAUCGGUAUCGUGUCUCAGUACAUUGGAGACGCUGAGUUUGGGAGGCUGGUAGAGGCUACGGCCUCCACUGGAUCGUCUGCUACGUGGGCUCUGCGACAUGGCACAACUCUUGUUUUGGCAUCAGUGCUGAGACAUGGUGUUAGUAGAGUAUAUGAGUCUUCUACCUCCAUGUCAAUGGUGGUCGGAGCCAUCAAAACUCGAGCAAAAGACGACAAGGUACCCGUGCGAGAAGCUGCAGCGAAAGCCCUUGGUCGGUUCCUUGUAUACCGUGUGAGAGAUGUAGCAUCCCGAGCUGAGCUGCUGCCAGUCUUAGUCGCCCUUCUACGAGAUGACUCGAGCGACGUGCGGAGAAAGGCUUUGAGCGCUCUGAAAUUAAUUUCUAAGGCAAAUGCAGAUGUGUUAAGUCCUUUCUUGAAUACAUUGGGACCAGCCGUCGGUGAUUGUUUGAAGGAUACUAGCACGCCAGUUCGCCUAGCAGCAGAACGAUGUGCAGCUCACCUCUUCCAACUUGCCAAAGGAGGUGAUAACGUCCAAGCAUCGCAAAAGUAUAUUACUGGUCUGGAUGCGCGAAGGAUUUCAAAGCAACCAGAAAUGAGCGACGCGAGUGACGACAGCGAAGGAGAUGCACCCCAGGGUUGAUUGGCGGUGUAACAGAACGCAUAGAUAGCUUGAGAGGUCCGUUAACUAUCUUUGGCCUGAGUAAGAGCUUUUGUACCAUUCUUGCUCCUGUGAUAUGUACAAGUAGCAACUCAGGUGAAGUUGAGCAAUUUUGUGAUCUUAGGGGGUUUUAGAUGUUACGUGUCAUAUUUAUGAGAUCUUCUGAGUAUCCGUAGUACACUCUCGUGAGAAGGGAAGAAGGCGUCAUCUUCUGUGCGUAUGUGUACAGGAUGCUACACGGGUCUGUAGGUAGAUUUACUGAGCGUUUUCAUAAGAUUCCCAGUGCCCCAAAGCAAGAAGCAAAUAGAGUAAUAAAGAGGGACUUAACAAACCGA